GUAAAAACAGAAAGAGGACGGAGGAAGUAAAGCAAAAACUUCCAGAAACCUUUAAGUAUGGAACAUAACUAGUUUUGACUAAAAAGGAAAAUAUUAUUCAAUUUGACAACUUCAUACAGAAACAAAGAAUGUUUCAAGCACCAGAAUAUACAAGAGCUGUGUCACUGAGACUGUCAGAGGUCCUUGCUGAUAUUGGAGUGGACGAGAGAAUUGUAUUGAAGAGAAGGAGAGUAUACCUGCUAAGGGAAACAAUGUAUACAAUAACAGGCAAACUACAGGAUGUAUCGGGUUCAUAUUACACUUUAGGCAGUCAGUCUGAAGGCUCAACAACACUUGGACUCGAUUCAGACAGUGACCAACUUUACAGUCUUAAUUUCAUAAAUUUGAUACAAGACUGGGCUGACUGGGAACCUGGUAUGAUGAAUAAGUUAAUGAUCCAGGAUGAGACUGUAUCGCCUGGCUAUUGUCUGCUACAACCUCUUAGAGAUGAUGCUCCACUUCCAUUCAACGAUGUACGUAACGAUGAUGUCUGGAAAGACAGAACAGGAAGAAUACUGGAAAAGAACACACUUAUAUCUUCAGUAGUAGCUGAAGUUUAUGAGGGAGGAGUAAGACAUGGUCCGGCAUAUACAAAAGAAGGAAAACCUGGGUUUAAGGAUACUGACACUGUUCAUGCCUUACCCUGUAAAUCAUGGCCUCAGCAAGCUAGACAAUGGUUAGACCAGCAAGGUCAGUGGCCUUCAGAUGACAUGAAGAGAUAUUGUAGCAACACUGGAUGUUUUGUUGUCGGUGUUGGAGGCAAGGGCAGUGAAAACGAAGAGCUUGAAUGGAGAAUAUCAACAUCUCUAGCAGAAAGGUGUCUAAUGUUCAAUCUUAAUAUUACACAGCUUCGGUGUUACGUCUUGAUGAAGAUGAUAUUAAAAAAUUUCAUAAAGCCUAGUUUCGAAAACACCAUUUCAAGUUAUAUGUGUAAAACAGUUCUGUUUCACUGUAUUGCAAAUACACAUUCUAACAUCUGGAGAGAAGAAAACUUACUUGUUUGUCUAUCAUUGUGUUUAUUUGUCCUGAAUAACUGUUUAUUAAAUGAAAACUGUCCUCAUUUUAUCAUACCUGGAAACAACUUGAUGAAAGGACAUAUUUCACAUGAAUCUAAACCUUACAUUAUUGAAAUACUGCAGUAUAUCAUAAACAGUGAAGGGAAAGCAUUACAAGGUAUUUUGUGUGAUGAUCUUGGUGCAAGGCUUCAGCUGAAGUUGAGUAAUUUAGUCACAUCCAUAAAAAGUGACAUUAUUUCAGGAAAAUUAGUAAGAGAUACUGCAACAUUCAUUGAUAACACCAUAUUAAUGAACUGUCUGACUUUAAUUCGAAACAGCAGUUACGAAGAAGCUAUACAAACUUUGUUGAAGUAUAGUUUAAAACUAGUCAGUAUAUCUAAAAACUGCCAAGGACUGGACAAAAAAGCUUGCGGUCUUCUUGCAACACGUUUCUGUACAACACUGGGAUUUGUUCUAGCAUCUCUCAACAUUUGUUGGCAUAAUGUUAUACGUGCCGAAUCCCUCACCUGGAUUUCACUGGGUCUGAACACAGAUGUUUCAUCUGGUAAACUGAAACUUGCAUCCAUGUUGUACUGCAUAGGAGAUACACAAAGAGCAGAAACUGUGCUCAGAGAUAUUGAAGGAAGCUAUGAUCUAAACAUUGUUGAGCCUAUUUGUAAGUGUCAUGAUUUCAUCGGUCAACGUCUAAGAAAAGGAUUUUGUGCAACAGCUGACAAUCAUAAUGAGGAAGCUAUACAAUACACUACAGCAUUCUGUGUCAGAUUUCUGCUAUGUGAAAUUAAUUGUGUUCCACAUGAACUAAGAUAUGAAAUGUUUAGAUCUACAGAAGAAGAUCUAGCUUUCAGAGGCCGAUAUGACGAGUGGAUGGACUUGGCUGUGAUAGAUUCACUUCCUUAUCUCUACUUUCUACAAUACAAGACCUACAACAAUCUUGGGAGACAUGACGAUAAGCAAAGAGCCCUUUCUAAUCUUAUGAGAACCAUUGACCGAGAACCAAAUCUUGGUCACAGGGAAACAGCCCUGAACCUACUGGGACAGUGUAUGGAACAAGACGAUCGAGCUGUAGAUGCAUUACACUGCUAUUUAUUAUCUCUAAAUCAAAGGGGAAGAAACAAUGCUGCCAAGUUACAUAUUUGUAGACUGCUUUCUUCUAUGGCAAAUGCCAAUUAGUUUAAAAUGAACACAGACGUUCUUUGAACAUUAAAUGGAAAAUUUCAACACGUUUCAAUACUAAUACUGUUCAAAUUUAGCUUAGUCAUAUUUUAUUGUAAUUAUCACACAAGGCAUAAAAGUAAAUAUACCUCAAUACAUGAAUAUACAGAUACAUUACAUAUACAGCAGAGAGCGAACAGUACAUCAACAUAUAACACUACAGAACAUCAAUAUAAAAUUAAAUUCAGUAACUUUGCAACAGUGUGAAAAUAGGAAAUGGUUUAAGCACAAGUUUUACCAGCAUUAGAAAUCAGUCCGUCCCUUGCUGUCUAAUUAAUACAAUGCAUUAGAGGCAAUAAUUCCAGUGAAAAUAACUGAACGAUAACAUUCUAAUUAUUUACACAACUAGGUACUUAUCGCUCCUCUGAAAUUUGCUGAAAUUCCAACCAGUGUUCCAGGAGACAAAGUAAGGGUCAUAAGUCGGUUGAAUAUCAUUAAUGUAGAACAUGUCGAUGAUAUGCAAAACUAGGCUUCACAUUGAUCACUUGUGAGGUUUGGUAAAAUCCAGUCCAAUGGUAUAUGGCAACUUCAAGUAGAGUAAACACUACUAAAAUAUGACAAAUCAUGAGCCAUAACUCCGCUGAAAAUCACUGAACCAGAACAUGCCCAUGAUAUACAUAACUAGGUUUGGCACUGGUAACUGUUGUAAGGUUUGGUUCUUGGCAAAUUGCGAAAAUUUGAAUUAUUUUAGUAGAGGGUCAAACAAGGAAUUUUUCUGUGAAGUUAUUAUGAAAUUAGGCUAGCAAAUUCUGAUAUGAAGAUUUUAUACAUUAAAGGGAAAAGUGCCUAUGCCGUCAAAUGGCAAUGUUUUUCGACAAAUCAAAAUAAUUCAAACAAUCUUGGUAAAGGUUCAACAAAAGAAAAUUUCUGUUAAAUUAUCUUGAAGUCCAGUUAGUGGUUUCUGAGAAGAUUUAAAAAGUUUUCCUUUCUAUUGCCAUGGGAACUAGAGUUCUGCAUGGAGUAAAAUUCUUUGAACAGCUUUGCUAGAAGACUAUUCCAACCAACAUCCAGCACAAGUUUCAUUAACUUCUGCCAAAUGGUAUCAGAGGCGAUGCUAUCUGAAGGAAAGCGUGGACAGAUAGACGACUAGUGAUCUCAACAGCUCAUCCCAAGCACUUUUUUCUCUGCCAAGUCACUAGAAAAUAAACAUUCAGACCAGAUUUUAUUUAGUUCCUAUAAAUUGACCAAUUGAAUUAGUUUUGAUCCCAGAUGACUCAAAACUGACAUACACUUUUGAAGACAAAUAUUCUGACCAGGUUCCAAAUAGAUCAAGUAGAAAAUAAAGUGUUAAC